GCGUGAGCAGCGUGCGGUGUCUGAGUUUCUGGGUGUCCUCAGCUUUCCAGGUAAAAUAUGGCUAAAAGUUUACGGAGUAAGUGGAAAAGGAAGAUGCGUGCUGAAAAGAGAAAAAAGAAUGCCCCAAAGGAGCUCAGCAGACUUAAAAGUAUUCUUAAAGUAGAUGGUGAUGUUUUAAUGAAAGACGUUCAAGAGACAGCAACUGUGGUGGAACCCAAACAUUGUCAAGAGAAAACGCAAUGUGUGGUGAAAGAUGAAACAGAUGACAUGAAAAUGGAGACUGAUAUUAAGAGAAACAAAAAGACUCUUCUAGACCAGCAUGGGCAGUACCCCGUACGGAUGAACCAGAGGCAAAGAAAAAGGCUGAAAGCAAAGCGAGAGAAAAAGAAAGGAAAAAGCAAAGCAAAAGCUAUCAAGGCAGCGAAGGGUUUGGCCUGGUAGACCCUUAAAAACUUGAAAAAUGCCACAUGGGACAGGUCUUUGAUUAGAAUGUAUACAUUGAUUUCAGCUUCCACCAAAUGGAAACUUUGUUUCCAUUUUUUAACUUGGCCUUUUUCUUCAAUUCAAGCCCAAGGUAACUCCUCAAAUUUGUCUUGGUAACCUGAAUAAAAUAUUUUCUUUGAUGAAUGAAAGCUACACUGAUAUUUUAAUUGAAUGCUGUCCAAUA